AGUAUUACUAUCGUCUGUGUGACAUGUGGUUUAAAUUAUUUUAACGAUAAAAAUGCAAACCAAUAAAACAUGUUUCAGAUGAAUCGAUAACCAAGGCUCCAAAUGAAACGAAGAUGGAAAAGACCUGAAAUUUAGAUUUAGGACAAUCAGAUCGAUUUUAUAUUCGACAUUCUCGACACAAGCGACCAACAUGAAGUAUGUCAACAGCAACUUGAUAACACUGAAAUGUGUUUUGUUCCUAGUUUUUGGGGCUAUUGGAAGCCUCUUUCCAUUCCUACCUCUCCACAUGAACGACACUGGCCUGUCGAAGGACGAAUCCAUCCUGGUGUCGAUCAUCUCCCCCCUGAUAGCCCUUCUCGGGCCCUUGGUGGCAGCCCCUUUGGCCGACAGGCUGGCCAGCGGUAUCGGGGGUACCCCUAGAAGCAAAACGGGACGCUACCUCCGCAUGAUGAUAGCCUCUUGUCUCGUUCUCGCGACGAUUUUCUAUUGGUUGCUGAUCGUCAUACCGCCAAUCAUAAGGAGUCCACCAAAUGUGUCUUUCGUGUGUGAUGAAAGGGGUGGAUUCAUCUUACAAGAUAGAUGUGGGGCUGACAAAACCUGUUAUAAUUGGGGCUCAAAUAAAGGUUCAGUGCAAGUGAAAAACUGCAUAUUUUCCUGCAACGCUACUUCUUCCUAUGCAGGAGAAAUGACCACCCUUCCUCCAGAUGAAGAAAUUCACGAAUUCAACAGCGAAAGUGACUAUUACGAUAGUGGGGAUGGUCCAAUCCUUGAACCAGAAAUAGGUACUUUACCCCCAACCAACGAAACAGGAAUCUUCGUCCCCCACCCCCACAUGUGCUACAGAAACGGUAGUGGGGGGAUGGUGUGCGAAGUUUAUACGGAAUUUUCGCACCCCAUAACCUUCAGGAUAGGAUUGAAUGCUGACCAGAGCAGCAGUGAGGCUGAGGAAACUUGCAAAUAUUCUUUUGUUGACGAUUUCCAGUGUAGACUGAACCCAGACGUGGUCAAAAAUCUGACCAAUGACGGCCAAGACGACGACUGUCAGCCGGUGGUGCUAUGCGAAAUUCACCGGCCGUACAGCAACAAGGACAGCCUGCUGAGGAGGUCUCAGUGCGGCUACGACAACAUCAGCUUCUGGCUGUACCUGUUCAUCAGAUCGGUGGCAGACAUUUUCCCAGCGGCCGCCGCGGUGCUCAUAGGCGCCGCUGUCGUUAUCGCCACCAGAGAGACGUCUACCGGUCGAAGCGAUGUAGGAAAACAGUUUGCAGCAGCAGCUCUCGGUUUUGGGAUUUUUGCGCCUAUUAUUGGUGGAUGUGCCAAUGGAAGAUUUCUGGAUGCGAUGAUUUGUUUCACAGUUUUGAUGGCCCUUGCGGUUCUCAUCUUGAUAUUUGACAGUAGGAUGCCAUUGAGUCCUCCAGAAUGGUGGUGGCAUACGAGAUGUGGACUUUUAGCUCUGCCGAUGUCAUCUGUCAGAAACUACGGCUACGAAACAGCCGCCCUAGGAGUGGUGUUAUUUCUACUGGGCGUUUUCUGGAACGCUAUCGACUCGUUUUUACCAUGGCAUGUGGUGAAAAUUGUAGACGGUGAACCGCUCAUUAUUGGUUUGACAAUAACAAUUGGAGCUCUUCCUGCCGUGAUAUUUCUCAUUUUCGCUGAAAGGAUCGUCGAUUAUUGCGGCCACAAUAACAUUCUCAUCUUCUGUUUCGUCAACUACAUUUGUCAUCACCUGGGUUUGAUGUUCAUCGAAAAUGCCGCAUAUCUGCUCCUGUGCGAAUGGAUGGAGGUCUUCACUUUACACAUCAUGUACAUAACUGCCGUACUAUACUUGAGACAUCUCGUUCCACGGAAACUCACAGCAUGUGGUCAAGCACUGCCAAUCGUUGCUCACUUUUGCCUUGGUCGCUCUAUAGGUGCCGCUCUCGGUGGUCUGGCCUACUCCUCGGAGUACGACUCCGAGCGCAACUUCCAGGAGGUGCACAGGGCGUUCGCCAUUGCCGCGACAGUGAUAGCCGUCGUCUAUUUCCUCAUAUACCACUUCUACUUGAAGCCGAAGUGCGCGCCGGGUAUGCAUCUGCCCCCUGAUCCGGCGCCGGCAGUCGUCCAAACUGUGAACGGAAAUGGAUCUUACACCCCCCUCAGAGUAUAUCACAACAGCAAAUCCAAGAAAGGGCACUUUAGAUACUAGAUACCUUUAACUUUUAACAUUACCUUAAAUGUAAAACCUUUACAUAUUUUUGUAACGAAUCUUCAGAAUCUCGUUUUGAGCUAUUGCUAAAAUGUAUAUAUUGAAUUGAAUUAUUGGUGAAUAUCGAUGAGAUGGUUAUCAUGAUGGACGAUACUAAAUUUUCUUGUUUUUUCCCUACUGCCAGCACAAUAUUUUGUGAAUGUCCAUUCUGAAAAUCAUAUUCAAAUCAGCAGCUUAUUAUAGGGUUUUUAUCUACUUCACUCAUUGACGUCGUGCUUUAUUUUUGUUGUACAUUUUUUUUAUAAAGUUUUGUAUUUAUUUGUUUUUUCGAAAAAAAUAAUAAAAUGCCAAGACAAAGGA